ACUAAUAUAAAUUAAAAUAGAAUCUAUAAUGAUGCAAAGUGUUGACUAUUUAGAUGCAUUUCAAAAGUAAUUAAAUUCAAAGAAUAUUUAAAUGAUACGUAAUAAGAAGUCAUAUCAAAAUAAUGAUUAGGAAGAGGAUAUAGAUAAUAUAAAAAUUCUGGUUUUUCGAAAGGCUAAGAACAAUAACACAGUGGCUAGCAGGAGAUAAAGGAUAAUGUUGAAAGUAAUGAUUUAUAGAGGAAAGGGAAGAUAAGAUAGAAAAUAGGGGAAUAAUUAUAAGAAUAGAUGGAACGAUGUAUUAGCUAAAUUUAUAAAUAGUAAUACUUGUAAAAAGGAGAAUAAUAAUAGUAAUAUUAAUUGGUUCCAAAAAGUGUUGGAUAGAAAACUCCAACACUAAUGAUUAAAGAGAAUUCAAUGAAUUAAAAUAAUUUUCCAAGUUUAGAUACAUUAAAGAAAUGA